AUGACCAAGUUUACGACCAAGACCCUGAUACAUUUGAAGGAUGUCUAUGGGGACUGUUUCAGAAGAGGAAAGGUGGUCCAGAUCAACCCUACAGAGAAGACAGUCAGUCUGGAAGAUGGCAUCAAGAUCUCCUAUGAUUACCUGAUCAUAGCCACCGGAAGCAGUAAUCCGUUCCCAGGAAAGAUCACCGAUGACACGUCCAACCAAGAAUGCCAUGAUCUCUACAAAGAUGCAUUUGAGAAGGUUAAAGCAGCUCAGAGGAUCACCGUCAUAGGUGGAGGAGCGAGUGGUGUGGAGCUCGCUGGUGAGAUUGCUACUGACUUUCCCGAGAAAGAUGUCACUUUGAUCCACUCCAGAGAUACCUUACUUGAAACAGCCGUGAGUCUGAAGCUUAGAAAUAUGGUGAAGAAGCAGCUUCUUGAUCUGAAAGUCAAUCUCGUCAUGGGCGAGAAGGUAUUAGACCUUGCUGAAAUACCCACAGACCUAUCAGGAGGAUUUCGUGAAGUUAAGACUGAUAAAGGAACGGUUGUACCUGCUGACCUUGUCUUCAUCUGUAUUGGGAUGACUGUUAACAAGAUGGCAUACGCCGACAGUUUAGCCAGUGCAAUGGAUGAACGAGGUGCGCUUCGCGUGAAUCCGUACUUUCAAGUUGAAGGGUAUGAUGACAUCUUUGCGAUAGGAGACUGCUGUACAGCAAACCUCCAGAAGAUGGCUAAUAAAGCUAAGGCACAUGGUGAAUCAAUUGCAAGAAAUAUACCAAUGAAUGCUGAUGGCAAAGCAAUGAAACCUUACAAAUCACCCGGUGUCAUAUACGCUGUCUCUGUUGGUCGCAAUAAGGGAGCAAUCCAACUCGGCAACACUGUCAUCGGCUCUUGGUUUGUCAAGCGAAUGAAAGGCAAGGAUAUGUUUGCGAGUAGGCUAUGGAAUGAGGUUGGAUUAACUGUUCCCAAAUUAUAAAUUUAUAUAUAAUUUAAGUGUAUAUCAGUGUAAAAUAUUAUAUAAUGCACUAUGUAUAUAUACGGUUUGAUUUAGUGUCUUUUGGAAGAUACAGGCAAAAUAUUCUGCAAAAACUGAAGUUUCCCUUCCAUCGGUUUUAUUCACUUUGCAGUUGAUCAUGACUCUACCGCAGAUAUUCAAUUGGCAUUUUCCAUGAAAGUAUCGUUAGAAUUAAUCACGGAGGGAUGUGGAAUCAUCCUCACAUUUCAAUAAAAGUAGACAAUAGUUUGUUUAGAGCCAUUAAAAACAGCAUCCCUUUGAUCAUGUCGAUAGCAUAGUUGAGGCCCGAACUACUUCGAUGAUGAUAGCAUCAUGUUGGCGUAAUCGUUUGUGAACGUGCAUCUUCAUUAUAAGAAAGCAAUAAUUUAUAGUUUAAUUAUCAAUCACUUCAAAAAGCCAUAAUAUUUUGUGAAAACAAUGACAAGGCACGGUAGAUAUACAGAAGUGACAGUAAAGUGAUCUACCAGAUAGAAAUAGAAGUGUUUUAUUCUUAUUUCGUAAUUAACAGUUCCAAACGAAUUACUAUAAUUAUACAAAGCUCAAAUUAGUUUAAAUAUGAUGUACGUCAUGCAUAAGUUUUGCUUAUACACUGUAUUACUUAGUCUACAAUUUAUUACUGAAAUAUUAUAUUUAACGAUCAAAAUGAUUGAACAUUUCAUUAUUUUGAUCCCUUAUGGUAAGAAAUUAUAUUAUAAGUAUUGUGUUACAUAGCACAGCUGGCACAUUCAUAUAUAUAAAAAAUAUAUAUUUAUUUGCCAGAGAGUGGAGGAAAUAUUGAAAGACAUUUAAUUUUUGUAUGUUCUAUUGUAUUUUAUUCUUACAUCUGCAUUAUCGUCUAGGCCUAUGAGGCAUUUUAUUGGUGUUGUGUUUGAAUAUUGCUCCUCGUGGGCGGUAGUUUGUAAAACAUUAAGCUUUUCAAGAGUUUCAUACAGGGUAGCUAUUGUCAAGACCUUAGAUUAUUCCAAAGAAAUAUUUAUAAGUUGCCGAGAUUCAAAAGGUGAAUUUAUUGAACUAUUUUCAGGAGCUAACAUAAUGAUAACAUAACAGCAAGAAAGCAGAGUUUCCCGUACAAUAUUCUAUGGAUACUGUAAGUUCCAUCAUGGCCCAUCAUAUUUAAAAAGGUAUAUUAUUUUGUGGUGUCCAGUUUGUGAAUGUGGUUGUUCCUGAGAUCAUGUUCUAUUUUGUUAAUUGACUUUGUUACGUGUUUCUUUUCUAAUUUAGUGAAAAAUAAAUGUGAUCCGGGUAAGAGAAUGCGAUUUUUAUUUCACAUUACCUUAUAUUCUAGACUUUAUUUUCAAAACGGAUUUUAAAUGACUUCUUAUUUAUUGUGUAUUCUUUUGUUCCCAAUAUACCCCUUUUGGGAAAAAAAAAGUAUGAAUUAUUACUCAAGAAGCAAUGACAUCCUUGACCUGUUAAUUGACUGUAUAUUCCAACCUGUCUCACAAGCAGGAUGACUUUAACAUGAUUAUUGUUUUUUUAGUAACCACAAUCCAGGUUACCACGACCAUGCAGACUUGUGGUAAAGUAGAAGAUAUUAAAUACGAUCAAGCACUUGUUGCUGAAAAUGAAACGGUUUAAAGUAACCUUCGACUGGAAGAUCAAAGCAGCAUGGCCAUAUACACGGGCAACACAGGCCAAGCUGUUUUGAAUGUAUAAAUACUUAGGACAUUACAGGGUAUAGGACCUAUUAGUCAAACCUAAUGGUUUUGUUUGAAAAAAAAAUCCAUCAAUAAAUGGCAAACAAGUUGAAGUGAAA